AUGCCAAAAGCAAGGGGAGGAACACUCACUAAGGAUUCAAAUAUUUUAUCUAGGGCUUUUUCUUUUAAUGAAGAUUUUGUUUUAGACGAAGUUAAGGACCUCCAUCCAUUUUUCACCAAUUACUUCCCAAGAGACAGAGCCGAUACUUUGGCUUUUUUUUCUGAUGAAAAAGGAAAAUUGAGACAUCUGGCUCUUAUAGAAUACAAAAAACGCUUAAAAAAAGAAGAAAAAGAGGACGAUGACUUUGAAGUUGUUGGGAAAGACCUGCAAUGGCACAAAAAGGAAGCAGAAAAAGAGAAAAUUAUUUUAGUUGAAGUUCAGAAAUAUGAGGACAGUGAAGGAAAUCGAGACGGAAAAAGAUUAGGAAUUGACCCAAACAAAGCAAUUAUUCAAAUUCCCAAAGAAACACCAGAGGAAAAAAAAUUAAUACUCGCCCAAAACAUAGAGGACUUUUUAGAAGAAUUAGAAACUGGAAAAUGA